UUCUCUCUCUGUAAUGUUAUUCAAACGUCAUUUUAUUGAAAUUAAAAUGACAAAAAGAAUUAAAAUUAUCGAAUUGCGUAAACUUUGUUCCGUAAAAAGAUAAUGAAUAUAUUUCUAACUGACGAAAAUAAUACUUUGACUUACAAAUGAAAUGUAAUUUAAAAGAACUUGCUCACCUGAGCGAUCAGCCCUGUGUCAUUGAAGGAAGGCUAAAUUACAAGAAAAUAACGAAUGGAGGCUAUCGCAACCAAACAGUAUUUAAGGAAAGAUGGUUCCGCCUCAUCAAUAAUUAUUUAUUUUACUUCAAAAUAAGUGAAAUGGGUAAAUUUGAUACAAAAAGCCCAGCAGGUUUAUUUGUGUUAGAGAAUUCGUCUAUACAAAUGGAGCAUGGACAAAGCAUACCUUUUUCAUUCUCAAUAUCAUUCAUAGAUGAACCUGAGAAACGCCAUGUUUUUGCUGCUCGGGCUGAAGAUAAUGUCAUACAGUGGGUAAUUAAGCUCAGAGAAUGUUCAUAUGAGUACCUGCGCAGUCAGUUACACACCCUUCAAUCCAAAAUAUUUUCUAUCACAGGGAAAGAUCCUCUUCUGUUGGUACCUAGAAAUGAAGGAGCAUGCUUAUGGGCUCCAGCAAUACCAUUUUCCACCACACCUGCAUGUUCUGUAAAUACUGCUACUAGUUCAUUUAGUUGCCACCUACAUACAAAUAGUUCUUUUACCCUUGAAAGAAGUAAAUCCGAUGUACAAGCCCAUCGCCAUUUACAAUCUGAAUACACCAAAAAAACUACUUUUUAUACAGAUGACGUUAAAUUGAAAAAUGAAUUAAAAGCUGAAAAAACUUCUAACAAGUUAGAAAGGAGUAAAACUGCUGCCUUGUUCUCAGGGACCACAAACCCUGUAGAUGUAUCUAUAUUUGAUAAUAGGCCAGCCUACUCGAGAGCGGCACCAAGCCCUCCAGUUCGUUCAAAACUUUCACCAUCAAGUAGAAGAGUAGAAGUUAAUAAUGAUGUUAGAACUUUCACGGAACAAGGAAAAUUCCUUGGAGCAACAGGUAUUUUAGAUGAAGUUCCAAUACCACCUAGAAGAAAGGUAUCUCCUAAAACAUUAGAUGUUCCUAGUAAUACGAAUAAUACAGAUGAUUCAAGUCCCUCCAACGAAGAUCUAAUUAAAUUUUAAAUAAGAUACUCAUACUCAUGUUUAGUAAAUAUAUCCCACCAAGUUAUGAAGUAAGUUCUUGCCUGACUGGUGUCAAUUCUGCUGCAGCACUCUCUAAAGUAGACUUUAAUUUGGUUUUGUUUUAAAGUUAUUCUCUAGUCACAUGUUAUUGAAGAAAUAU